UGUAUGAUUACUGCCAUUCUAAUUGCAUGUUUUCUUCCAAGAUUUGUAGAUAUAUAUGUAUAUGCAUAUAUAUCUUGUGUUAAGACUUUUAUGCUUUUUGUGAACAGAGAAGAGAACUAGAUAAGAAUAUGGUUUAAUUGGAAAGAACCAAGAAACUAACAACCAAUUAUGUUAACAGUCCAACAAUGAUAAUGAUAAGCACCUAACACUCACUUUCUUGGUCAAAAAAGGUGUAAAGCAAUUCAGAGAAUUGACUUUGUUGCUCUUCUUGUAAUAAUUAUACCAAAACCAUUGGCCUAAGCUUUCUCAUUUUCAUGCUCUUGCACUCAUGUUCUUAAUUUCACUCUCUUGCUCUGUGUUAUCAUUUGCUUUCCUCAUUUGAGAAUUAUGGCUGAAGCUGUUCUCACUGUUGUGCUUGAGAAUCUGAGCUCACUCAUCCAAAAGCAAAUUGGAUCUGUUUUGGGUGUCGAGAAAGAGAUGGAGAAGAUGUGUAGCAUCCUCUCAACCAUUUCUGCUGUCAUUGAAGAUACUGAAGAGAGACAAUCAACAAAUCUUCCUAUCAAGAAUUGGCUGCAAAAAUUGGAAGAUGUUUCUUCUGAGUUGGAGGAUGUUUUAGAUGAUUGUGAAGUAGAGGCCUUUCGAUUGGAGGAGAGUUUUGCACAAGACCAUUCAUGGAUUCGUAAGGUACAAUCUUCUUUAUCUUGUUUGAGUCCUAAGCAUCUUUACUUUCUUCACGUUAUUGCUAGAAAGAUGAGAGAGAUUGGGGAUAGAUUGGAUCAUAUUGGAAAUGAGCGAAUGAAUUUUCACUUGCGGGAGAUUGAUGUUGGGGAGAGACGAAAUCAGAUUAGAGAAAGUCGUCAGACUAGUUCUGUUAUUACUCAACCACAUGUGUAUGGGAGAGACGAGGACAAGGAGAGAGUUGUUGGGUUUCUUCUUAAUGAUGCAAUCAACUGCAAUGAUACUUCUGUUUUUUGUAUUGUUGGUUUAGGGGGAAUAGGAAAGACAACUCUUGCUCAAUGGGUCUUCAAUGAUGAAAGAAUCAGUAUUCAUUUUGAGUUGAAGAUGUGGGUUUGUGUUUCUGAAGACUUUGAUCUGCGUAGAUUGAUCAAAGCUAUCAUAGAAUCUGGAACUGGAAGUGCUUGUGAAGCAUUGGAGAUGGAUCCUCUGCAGAAACGACUUCAGGGCAUGCUUCAAAGAAAGAGGUUCUUGAUUGUUUUAGAUGAUGUUUGGAAUGAAGAUCAUGAGAAAUGGGACAAAUUGAAAUACAUAUUGGAAUGUGGAUCAAAAGGUGCUUCACUUGUUGUCACUACUCGUCUGAAAAAGGUUGCAUCCAUUAUGGGAACAACACCAAUGCAGGAAUUGAGUAGUUUAUCAGAAGAGGACUGUUGGUCAUUAUUCAAGCAACGUGCAUUUGGUAACCAUAGAGAAGAGCGACCUAAUCUUGUGGAAAUCGGAAAAGAGAUAGUGAAGAAGUGUAAGGGAGUUCCAUUAGCAGCAAAAGCUUUAGGAGGCUUAAUGUAUUUCAAAAGUGACGAGGAAGAGUGGUUUUCUGUCAUGCGUAGUGAGCUUUGGAAUUUACCAGAGGAAGAAGCUUCUAUCUUGCCUGCUUUGAAAUUAAGCUACCUUCAUCUUCCAGUAGAGCAGAGACGAUGCUUCUCUUAUUGUGCUACGUUUCCAAAGGAUCAUGAAAUAGAAAAGACACGAUUAAUUCAUCUUUGGAUGGCAAAUGGGUUGAUUUCUUCGAAGCCAGAACUCAAUCUUGAGGUGGAAAACGUUGGAAAUGAGAUGAUUAAUGAUUUAUGUUGGAGAUCAUUUUUCCAAGAGGGGAAAGAUCAGUAUGAUGGAAGCAUCAGGCAUGUCAAGAUGCAUGAUUUAUUUCAUGAUCUAGCUCAAUCUAUAAUGGGUGAAAAAUGUCAUAAUGUGUUGGUUAAUGAUGAUACUCACACUACUGUCAACUUGUCAAAAAGAGUUCGUCACUUGAUCUGUAUGUUUGAUGGAUCAGGUCCAUUUUCGAACAUACCAAGUACUGAAUCCUUAAGGACAUUCAUGACAGUAUCAAAUGGUUCAUUCUCUUGUGAUAAUGAUUGGAAAUUUCGCUCAUUACGCGCUUUCAGUAACAAUGGCCUUUUAUUUAAGUUAUCCAUGUCAAGUAGAGCUAUAUCAUCAUUGGUCAGUAAUUUGAAACAUGUACGUUAUUUGAAUCUCUCAAGUAGUAGUAUUGAAGUCCUCCCCGAUUCCAUUUGUUUGCUACACCAUUUGUUGACUUUAGACCUAAGCCAUUGCUAUGAUCUUUGUAAGCUACCCAAACAUAUGAUUCGCCUGAAAGGUCUCCGCCAUCUUUACAUUAAUUAUUGUCACAAAUUAUCACACCUACCUCAAAAUAUUGGGAAGCUAAGUUGCUUAAAGACUUUGACAAAUUUCAUUGUUGAUAAGAGAAAAGGUUGUCAAUUGAAUGAAUUGAAAGACCUUAACAUAGGAGGUGAUCUUGACAUCAGCAACUUAGAAAAUGUGAUCAUGACUCCAAUUGAAGCUAGAUUUGCUAAUCUAUCAGCCAAAAGAAACCUUAAAGGAUUGCGUUUGUCUUGGAACAACAAUGAAAACAUAUCUGAAGAGAAUGCAAAAGACGUACUCGAAGCUCUUACUCCUCCCACGAGUUUGAAAUGGUUAGAAAUUGACACUUACAAGGGUGUCCAUUUCCCAUCUUGGUUCUGUAAUGACAUUCUUGGAAGUGUUGUUCGCAUCACUUUAACUGAUUGCCAUAACUGCCUAGAACUUCCCCGUUUUGGCAAACUAACAUCUCUUCAACAACUUACAAUUUCUCAUUUUGGAAAGAUUCAAGACUUGCCUACUGAUUUCCUCUUUGGCCUUAAUGCGCUACAGGAUUUAGAAAUCAGUAGUUGUCGCGAACUCAAGUGCCUACCAGAGAGAAUGUUUCGAGAUUGUCCAUUGCAGAGUAUUAUCAUAUAUGAUUGUAAAAAGUUAAGAUCACUAUCUGAAAGUUUUAAGAAUCUUACUAUGCUUAACUCUCUACAACUUCAUAAUUGUCCAGCGAUUGAAGAAGGCUUUCCAAGUGGUCUUAACCAUCUCAUAUCUCUCCAACUUCUAAUUAUAAGAGGGAGCUAUGAUGCUCCUCAAAGCUUGGCUAUUCUGCCAGAGGGGUUGCAGCACCUCUCCUCACUUGAAUAUUUGGAAUUAUCUUUUCUUAGGGAGCUUGCAUUGUUGCCUGAUUGGCUUGGAAAUCUUACUACCCUUAAAGAGUUCAAGAUCAAAGGUUGUCCGGAUUUGGAAUGUAUUCCUAUGAGCAUGCAAAGGCUGACCAACCUAAUGAAAUUGUUUAUUGUGAAGUGCCCAAAACUGGAGCAGAAAUGUGAGAAGGAAGUAGGGGAGGAUUGGUACAAGAUAUUGCAUAUUCCAGAUGUGAGAGUAGUGAGAUAAUUGAAGAAGGUGUUGAUUAGGUAUGUAAUUGAAAGUUGUAACGAAGUCAUGAGAUGCCAAUAUGAUGAAUGUUUGUGUAAAUAAGACUUGUUAAUUACCUUAUAUUAUUAGAUACAAAAACAUGCUUCAAUGAGUA